AUGGCUUUGUUCUGGAUCCAAAGGUCCCUCAAGGACCUUGAAGAUCACCCCUCUCCCAACUACUCCGCCAGUGUGAAGGACGACGAUUUCUACGAGUGGACGGCCACCAUCACCGGUCCUAAGGCAACUCUUAAUGAAGGAAGUGUCUUUUCUCUUGGCAUCUACUUCUCAACAGGGUUUAUGCUGAAGCCACCGAAGGUGUUCUUCAAGACACCCAUCUUCCACCCAAGCGUCAGCCACGGCAGGGACAUCUUCCACCCUAUGCUGAUGAAUGACACAUGGUGCAUGACGACGACGGUGGGUCAGAUGUUGAUGACUCUUCAAGACAUGCUGAUCCAUCCACGGGUGGAGGAGACAGACGUGGUGAGGGAAGAGGCCGCAGUAAUGUUUCACAAUGACAAGGUCCAGUUCGAUGAAUUCGCUCGAAGUUGGACCCAAUUGCACGCCAUAGAUUGA